AUGAGGAAGGCGGCCGCGGCCUCGCGCUACGCCUCCUACGACGACUCCCCGUCGCCCUCCCCGUCCCCGCGCCGCGCCGGGCCCGCCGCCGCCGCAUCGGGGACGCCGGGGCAGCAGCACGGGAGCCGCGCGCUGGUCGCCGUCAGAUCCGGCCGCGGCGACCUGCGCUGCCAGGCGCCGCAGCCCCAGCCGCACGGCAACCUGGGCUCCGUGCUCCGGCGGCUCAUCUCCAUGGACAAGAAGCCCAGCGCCAAGAACCUGCUCCCCGUCCCUCCCGCCGCCGCCGCCGCCCCCGCGAAGAACGGCAGCGGGGCCAAGCUGCCCGGUCUGUCGCGGAAGCUGUUCCAGAAGGCGCCGCCGGAGGCCAAGAAGAAGGCCCUCACCGAGGUCAAGAACAGCGGCAACGCCAACACGCGGACGCUCGCCAUGGUGCUCCGCAGCGAGCGGGAGCUCCUGUCGCAGAACAAGGAGCAGGAGGACGAGAUCGCCGCGCUCCGCCUCCAGCUCCAGCAGAAGGACAGGGAGGUAGAGCGGCUCAAGGAUCUGUGCCUGCGCCAGCGGGAGGAGAUCAGCACGCUCAAGGACGCCGUCCUGUUCCCGGACACUGAGCCGGACCGCCACGUCCGGGAUGAGAUUUCGGCUCUCACCGGGCAGAUCCAAUGCCUCGCCGAUGAGCUCGCCCAGGUCAAGGCCGAGAAGAACACCUCAAGAUCAUGUUUUGAUGAUGAAUAUUGCUCCUCCCCAAGCACGCCCGUGCUUAACGAGGAGACCGCCUUCUCUCUGGAGUGCAGCAUCGGCGAAGCGGAGACGCCACCAAACUAUGGUAGCCCUGACGAAAUGUUCGUCAAAGAUCUCAACCCCUGCCUAACACCUUUCUCCAAGAGCAGAUCCGAGGAGUAUGAGGAAUCCUUGAGCUCUCACCGCAGCAAGGCGAGGCCGGACCCCCACCUCUCCAGCUCGCGCCGCAGGCCGAUGUCGAAGAGCUCCGACCACCAUCACAAGCCCACCUCGGGCACGGGGAGCAGCAAGCGGCGAGCGCACCGGUCCGACCAGGACAAGUCCUGCCAGAACCUGUUUUAG